AUGCCUUCUGUUGUAUCAGUGAAUUCUUCUUCUUCCAUAGAUGAUGAUCUUGAUCUUGAAGUGAAAUAUCAUCCCUUGAUUUCUCAACUUAUCAAUAGUUAUAUCAAGAAACCAAACUUUGUAAGCACAGACCUACUUAAGGUCGCAGAGAAUAAUAAUAGAUUAGCAUGGUCAAUGACUGGCACGUAUGGCAAUAAGUACAACAAGGCACUUGCGCUGGCUCUCUUCAAGUAUCUGAGAUCUCAAAGAUGUUACACAAAUGUUUCAAAGAGUGUCACUAAGAAUAUAAUAAAGAAUCACUACCAAAAUCAAGUGCGAGUCUUCCAAACCUCAGCAGAGAAGAUUAUGGCUAGAAAUAAAGGUGGAAGAAAAUGCAACAGAAAGAAGACUCUCCACACAUUUAUUACUAGUAUUGAUAAACUUACUGUCAUCUGUUUGAAGAAAAAUUCAGAAAGCUUGAAAAAGUGCAUCCCUUAUGAGAAAGAAGUGAGCAUUCACAAGAAUUUGACAGUCACUUUACCAGAUUGGUGCUUUUCAAAAUAA